CAACUUUUUUUUUUUGAAAAGAUGCAAUAAGAUAUGAAAAUUCAUUUCUUAGUAAAUAUAUUAAUCUAUAAAUGGAGAAUUAUGCAUAAAUUUAUUGAUGUCGAUCGAAUUUUUAUGAGCUUGAAAUCAAACCAUAUCCAGUGACUUAUAAUUACUAAUUUCAAAAUCGUUUUAUUAAUUUUCUUGACGGAAAAAUUGUGUGUGUAGUUCUUAAAAUCAUACGGUUGAAGAAGGGCCAAAAAAGCAUUGACAUUGAAUAUUGGUUGGGGGAAUCCCGUGGGUUUGUUGCUAUUUAUGUCAUUCAACGUCAAACGAUAUCACAGCUCCCAAUCGAAUUGAGCCCAAAUCAUUUACAGAAACACACUUUGAACAAAAAAGACUCAGAUGUGACAAACAGCAAAGAUGUUGCCGACGAUUCGUCAUGUGUGUCAUUUUUAACGCGCCAAAAGCCAUAAUAAAAGAUGGCGAGUACGGGGCUUACUGACUAUGAUAUCAAUAAUAAACCGGAUGAAUUACUGAACGAUGUAAAAUCGACGGUUAAAAAGGCUACCGUUCAUUUAAAUUCAUCUAAUACAAGCUAUGACAUCAAUAAACCAAAUAAUCUAUUGGAGGAUGUAAAAUCGACGGUGAACAAAGCUUCUGCACAUUUAGCGAAUGUAAAAGAUAGAGAUGGUGGAAUCGACUCUGGUUUACUUGAGCCCUCAAGUGCAACAAAGACGAUUUGCACCGAAACAUCGACAACAACUGAUGAAUCGAAACCAUCGACCCGUUCAGUAUUGGGUUCACCAAGUUUGGUAAGAAAAGUGAUGAACGAAUCAAGAACACGUCAGCGAAGUCCAAGUCCCAAGGAACGCGACAUUAAAUUUGAUACGGUCAAUCGAAGUCCGAAAGCAAGUCGGGAGGUUAAAUUUGAUUCAGGGCCAUUGAUUGAGAUCACACCAAAUUCAACCACAACUCGUACGUACAACUAUUCAAAAACAACCACACGCAAUGCAUCGCCAUACAAAACGGAAAUUGUGGAAAUGGACACGACUGACCUGCCACCGGAAUUGAAAGAUGUCCCUAUUUCGAAUGAUUUGCUACCACAACCGGGUACAAAAGUAACAACAACGGUCAAAACUUUCUCAUAUGAAAUUCCGGACGAUACAAAAACACCAACCAACAAAAAUUUCACAUACAAAAAUGAAUUUUACAAUUCAUCAAAAUCAUCGAAUACUUAUUAUCCAGACAGUGAUGCCCCAAUAAAAACAUCAACUCAAUUGAGUGAAUCGCGCAACACUUCGGAUCGAACGAUUCCACCGUCAAUUGGACCAAAUCAGUCGUACUAUUACAAAAAGGAAGUCAAUGAAACGAAAAACAAUGUGUAUGGAGGAUCACCACCGCCACCCGCUAAUAUGACCACCUCAUUGUAUGAACGAAAUGAAACAAAUGACACUCGUAAUGUUUUUCAUCCACCGGGUGGUACAUCACAUCAAAACGGUAAUCUGCCACCAGGUGCUAAACAAACGUAUUUGUACAAAAAAGAAACGACCAACACUACAAACACUGUAUAUGAGCCACCAAAUCAGGUCUAUGUACCACCCGAACCAGUAACCAAUAAGUAUUACAAAUCAACGACGUCAACAACAACGAAUACUCAUAGUCAACCAUUGCUGACACCUUUUCCAACCGUUGGCAUUGAUGGCCCACCAAAGAAUCUGAAUCAGUUGAUGGCUUCAUUUGACGAGGAAAUGGUGCAAGUGGACGAUGAACCAUAUGUGCCGCGUAAAGAAGUCAACACAGCAUUGGCCACGAAAAAUGUUGCUGGACCACCGGUUUACUAUCCACCUGGCAAAGAGUUAUUUGCAAAAAGCGAGGCUCAAGCUGCAUUGAGAGCAAGAGGCGGAUACGGUAAAGGUAGCGGCAAGUACGAGUAUGAAGCUGAAAGUAAAUCGAAAAAUGCCAGUAAAUCUGGUGCUGCUGUUGUUCCAGUAUGUUUACCAUUAUGUUGUGCCAUGCCAUGUUCGAUCAUGUAGAUCAAUGUCUAUUGGAGCGCGGAAUACAUGAAUACACACAAAAUAAGGCUGCAUAGUUGAGCACACAACUACACAUAGAGAAUCGUUUGCUACGCAGAAUUAGUAUGAACCGCACACAUUGUGCUCAACUAUGCAGCCUUAUUUUUUGUGUACCUUAGGGAAUAAAAUGGCAUAUGCAUCGCAUUGAUUCUAUAUAAUAACAAAUUUGUUUAAACCACCAGAAAGGAGUUUGGAUGUUAUUUGAGUUUAAAGUACUAAAAACUAAGAUUUUUUUUUUUCAAUCGAACAACACAAAUCGA